GUUUUCUUCAUCCUCGUUCCCUUGCACUGCGCCAACAAACAAUUAACUACACUCUCACUCUCACUAGCUAGCUAGGCUAGGCCAAGAUGUUGAGGAUGCAGCAGCAGGUGGAGGGCGUGGUGGGCGGCGGCAUCGUGGCGGAGGCGGAGGAGGCGGCGGUGUACGAGAGGGUGGCUCGCAUGGCCAGCGGCAACGCGGUGGUCGUCUUCAGCGCCAGCGGCUGCUGCAUGUGCCACGUCGUCAAGCGCCUCCUGCUUGGCCUGGGAGUCGGCCCCACCGUGUACGAGUUGGACCAGAUGGGCGGCGCCGGGCGGGAGAUCCAGGCGGCCCUGGCGCAGCUGCUGCCCCCCGGACCCGGCGCCGGCCACCACCAGCAGCCGCCGGUGCCCGUGGUGUUCGUUGGCGGGAGGCUCCUGGGCGGCGUGGAGAAGGUGAUGGCGUGCCACAUCAACGGCACGCUCGUCCCGCUCCUCAAGGACGCCGGCGCGCUCUGGCUCUGAGCCGCGAGCUGCAUUGCUUUGCUGUCUCGCCGGCCGGCCGGAACCGAUGGUGGUGAUCAACGGCGGCGUUUACUUUGUGUGUUGGUCGUCUUUUCUUUUCUUUUCUUUUCUUGUGCCGUGCCUGUGCUGUGGCUGUGCGUGGGCGAUGGAUGGACGCGUGCGUGCGUGCGUGCGUUGCAUGGUGUGUUGAGCUUCGCUGGCUAGUGAGAUGUAGAUAUAAUUAACAAGGAAAGCUCAAUUAGCCUUGUCAGUUGCGUGUGUUUGUUUUUGUAGGUGAUGCUUAUCUAGUUAGAGAGUGGAGGGAUACUAGCCAUCAGAUCAGACCAACAAUGUAAUGCAAUGACGCCUAGCAAGCUAGCCUGCACAUCGUGUUAUUAUUAUCCUGAGAUAAAUCAAGUAUCUGUCCACCGUAAACCAUA